UUAAUUUAAUGAGUACAUGAUAAUGCAGGAUCUUUUAGUCCUUUUGGGUAGGGUAUGGGUCUCAAAAUUAUCUUUGAGUAUGAAUAGGAUAAUACUUAUCCAUUAACAAGCCUAUCAAACAUCAUACAUUAUUACCAGUGAUUGGAAAUGCAGUUCAAAGAGCAUCAUGCAAUAAUAACAAUACAACAAACUGAAGGUGAGGCUAUUGUAUUCCGUGAGGCAAUUCUUCUUGAUCACAACUCCGGCAACUUGCAUCCGCAUGUUGAGCUGCCGAUCGGGUUUCAACCUUAGAGUCCAGAAUCAGGUUGUCGAUCCCGACAGCAGCAAUGAUGUAAGAGGAGGAAUGCUCGGCCAAUAUGUUAUGAAUGGUGGAGAAGGGCCUAAUAGCUAUGCUCAGAACUCAUCCUACCAGGGAGGAGUUAUAGACGUGGCAAAACCAAUACUCGAAGAAGAAAUUUCCAGAAAACUAGAUAUCAAACACAUUUCUUCUACAUUCAGGAUUGCAGAUUUUGGCUGCUCAACGGGGCGCAACUCUUUUGCAGCUAUGCAAAUUAUAGUGGAAGCUAUCAAACGCAAAUUCGAAACAGAUGGAAAAGUUAUGCAGAUCCCUGAUUUUCAAGUGUUCUUUAAUGAUAAAGUCACCAAUGAUUUCAACACUCUUUUCAGUUCACUUCCCCCCCAAGGACUUUACCAUGUCACCGGAGUGCCAGGUUCUUUCCACAGCCGCCUGUUGCCGAGAGCUUCACUUCAUUUUGGCUACUCGUGUUUUUCACUUCACUGGCUCUCUGAGGUGCCAAAGGCAGUGCUGGACAAUACAUCUCCAGCGUGGAACAGUGGGAAAGUUCACUAUUUUGGAGCAAGGAGAGAAGUGUGUGAAGAGUAUGCAAAUCAGUAUGCCAAGGAUAUAAAGUCAUUCUUGGAUUCUAGAGCAGAGGAGCUGGUGCCUGGGGGGCUAAUGGCCCUUCUUGUCCCUGCAGUCCCUGCUUCCUGGAAUCCCAACUCAGCGUACACAGUGCUCACCGAGGUUUAUCAUCUCGGUUCAUGCCUCGUCGACAUGGCAAAAAAGGGAAGAUUCUACGAGGACAAGAUAGACUCCUUCAACUAUUCAGUAUAUUUCCCCGUCCCUCAAGAAUUGAAGGCUAUAAUAGAGAAAAGCGAUAAUUACAUAAUGGAAAGAAUGGAGAUACUAGACAAUCCAGGGAAGCGCAGCUUGACAGGCCCCAAAGAGCGUGCCUCAUACUUGAGAGCAGUCAAUGAGGGAAUGCUGGUAAAUCACUUUGGAACUGAAAUAAUGGAUGAAUUGUUUGAUCGCUACACCAAGAAACUUAAAGCUUCACCACUUUUCUCAGACCCCAACUCUGACAAAACCAUCCUAAUAUUUGUCCUCCUCCAGCGCAAGCCAAUCAUGUUUUUCUAGUUCUUGAUUUAAAAAAUUGUGACUCCAUGACUAUAAGAUCAUGGGUUCAAUCCUCACCAAUUAACGCGGAAUGUUAUUUUGUUC